AAGUAACUGACCUGACACCUUCUUCUUCUUCUUCUUCUUCUUCUUCUUCUUCUUCUUCUUCUUCUUCUUCCAGGUCAAGCGAACGAUCGAGAGAAAGCGGAGGCUCCGGGGCUAGGCAGGAAGAGUGCAUCGGUGAGCUGUUGACCUGUAUAGUAUACAGUGGCCGUCCAGCGUCAGGUACAGCCACAAAGAGAGAUCCUUUUCGCAUAAAGCGCAACCGAGGCACCUCAAGUACUUGUGACUUUUGUUUAUUCAGAGCAUAUGUGGUUGUGUAGUGAAUCAGUCAGUGAUGAUUGCGUAUAGAAGUAAAGGGAAAAAGUUGUUCUUAUGAGGAUGAAAUAGGAAGAACUCUAUUCAAAACUGUAUAAUAUCCCACAAGUGAUUGAAUGACCGAUUGCAAAGGCAUCUGAACUGAGCUUAAGGCGGUGUUCAUACCUCAAAAUUCCAUAGAAAACGUAUCAUUCAAAUUAGAUAUAUAUACAUAAUACAAUACCAGUCGUUAAAUUUUGAUUUAGAACUUAAAGGAAAUUAGUGCAUACCACACGAUCAACAGGAAAAUUCUGAAGCAAAUCACAACAAGAUUUCUUGGCUGGUGAAAAUUUUGGUAUUUGGCUUAACUUUAAAGUCUCCUAAGGUGAACACUGUUAUGUGAGAAAGAGAGAGAGAGAGAGAGAGAAAAAAAAAAAAAACACCGGGUGUAAUUUUAGUAGCAGACCAGCACACACCUGCCCGGACUUCAGUGUUUCAACAAUAUGCGAUUGUUAAUUCUUUGUCCUAUUGCACUACUGGCCUUGCUACCAACUGCCAGCCCAAGAAGAGCCAUUACCAGAAAGAGACCUGGCCCCCAUAACAGAGACACUGCCAUCAGUGCCACCACUACUGGCCAGGAAUUGCCUUGCGGCGAACACCAUCUGCCUCUGAAGCAAAAGUUCAUCAUUAAUUCGGAAAUUGCACAAGACCAAUGCAAUUGGACAUUGAGGGUCCAGGAAGACACUACAAACAUAAAAAUUGGGUGCACCAUUCGCCUACGAGAAAGCGAAAACUGCCGAGAUGCUUACGUACAAUUCUUUGAUACUUGGAGGGUGAAGCAGAAAUACUGCGGGAGACAAAGAAACCUGGUCACCAGCCAAAGUGGCAACGGUCUCUUGCUUGUGAGAGCGCUUGCCAAGACGGACAAAUUCAGCAGAAAGGAACUGGGAACUUUCAGCUGCGAAAUCAGCACCGAACUGAAGCUGAAUCUGACUGUAAAAGACCCCGAACCCGAAGAGCCGGAGGAAGAGCUCCCUCUCCCACCGCACUUGUCGUUUCUAGAAAGGAUCAUUUACUCUUUAGUUGAUUUCGGUUACCAAGUGAUCGACCAAUGAUGCCAGCGAAGUCCCUUUCAUCUGUUUUCUUUCCUAACAAUAGCAUCAUUCAUAGAGAAUAGUAAUCUAUUUAUUCAAGUUAUUACAACUAUAUUCUGAGGCAUUUCUUUCAGCCUCUUGUGCAUCUGUGUAUGACGCGCUUUACAAUAAACUAUGAAAACAGUUA